AUGGGACGCGGGGGUCCUGAAAAUACGAGUCUUAUUAACACCAAGAAGAAGCUUGAGACUGAUCUGGUCCAGGUUCAAGGUGAGGUGGAUGAUGCAGUCCAGGAGGCCAGAAAUGCAGAGGAGAAGGCCAAGAAGGCCAUCACUGAUGCUGCCAUGAUGGCUGAGGAGCUGAAGAAGGAGCAGGACACCAGUGCUCACCUGGAGAGGAUGAAGAAGAACAUGGAGGUGACUGUCAAAGACCUGCAGCACCGUCUGGAUGAGGCUGAGAGUCUGGCCAUGAAGGGUGGAAAGAAACAGCUCCAGAAACUGGAGUCCAGGAUAAAUUACAGACUAAAUACAGACUUAGGGUGUACUCAUACUAGGAAUGGUUGCCUUUUAACUAGCCAGAGUGCGAUUAUACCCCCUCCCCACUCCCCAGCUGGCCUGCACUUAACAAGACAUUUUCAAACACAGAAACAGAACGAAUGCUGA